AUGCAGGGUUCGCAGUCCAUUUUUCCUGGCGCAGGUAGCUCGCGACCGUUCCUUCACGUGCUGAAUCCGAUGGGCAAGAACUACAAGGGCUACGUGCAGGCCAAUCAAUCAGUACUGGAAGAAGAGGAGGAAGAAAAUGAUGACGGCGACCUCGAGGCAGGCCACGCGAGUCGCAGCAAUACGCCACACAGCUCGCAUAAAUCAAGGUCUCAUGGCAAGCGGCGUGGUGCAUGGGGUGGAGAAGCAUCCGAACUACAUGUGCUGAGGCCAAAUAUCCGGCAAGCAGACCCUCAGCAGGAUGAGUUCUCGUCCGAUGAGGAGGUCCCGCAGAAUUUGAUGAUCGAGGCUGUCUCUCCCGGUGGUCGCAAGUCGGCAGUUCCUGCGCUGAGCUCUAAAGGCAAAGAGAAGGACACGCGUAGGAGACCGCUGUAUUCGACGUCACAGAGGCAGACACCCCCAAUUCUCCCGACUACUGUGAAGGGGACGUCUGUAUCCACCCCUCCUCGGCCAUCAGAGAUUGACGUGGAAGAGGCGAAGGGCUCGGAGCCGUUACAAGGAUCCCAUCCCAAAGUGAUGCGGGGCUUGGAUGCCCAUGAACGAGCGCUGUGGAAUUGGGUGAACGUCUAUAACUUGGACGCAUUCCUCCAAGAAGCAUAUUACUACUACGAGGGAAAGGGGAUAUACAGCAUUGCGUUGUCUCGAGGAUUGAAUCUGCUCACAGUCGGGUUCGUGAUUGGAUUCUCGACGUUCCUACUGGGUUGUGUCGACUACUCUCUCAUACGAUCCAACAAAGCUACCCGAUUAAGUGACAUAAUUGUCGACCGCUGCGUGUCCAGAUUUUCCGGCUUUACAUUCCUAUUCUUCGUGCUCUUUACAGCCUUCUUCGUCUGGCAGAUCGUCACGUUCGCUUUGAGUACUCUGCGUCUGGUGGACAUGUACCGGUUCUACACAUAUCUCCUGCAUAUCCCGGACGCAGACAUUCAAACAAUCUCUUGGCCAGAGGUUGUGCGGCGCAUCGGCGCGAUACGCGAGGACAACCCCUUGACCGCGCUGUCAUCCACUGGUGUAGGCCAGAGUGUCAACGCGAAGCUUGAUGCUCAUGAUAUCGCGAACCGGAUAAUGCGUCAAGAGAAUUAUCUCAUUGCAUUGUUCAACAAGGAGCUAUUGGAUCUGCGUGUCCCGCUUCCGCCACUAUUCAAACGGUUGUUUGGUACACAGGAAGAGGGGAAGGGGCGUGUGCUUACUCGCGCUCUAGAGUGGAAUUUGCGCUUCUGCUUGAUGGAGUACCUCUUUGACUCUAGUGGAAAGGUCAGGAAGGUAUUCCUGAAGUCAAGGAACCGAGCGGCAUUGAUUGAUGGAUUGCGGAGGAGGUUCAUCUUCAUGGGCAUACUGAACGCUAUCUUUGCGCCAUUCAUUGUCUUAUAUCUGAUCAUGUAUUCGUUCUUCCGAUAUUUUGAGGAGUAUCACAAGAACCCUUCAAGCAUAGGCGGUCGGCGAUACACUCCCUUUGCGCAAUGGAAGUUCCGCGAGUUCAACGAGCUACCGCACCUGUUCAAACGAAGACUGAACGAAUCGUAUCCAGCUGCCAGCAUGUAUAUAGGGCAGUUCCCGAAUGAGAAGUUGACCCUCAUCAUGCGCUUUGCAGCGUUCAUCGCGGGCUCUUUUGCCGCUGUACUUAUCCUAGCCUCUGUGGUCGACCCCGAACUGUUCCUCUACUUUGAGAUCACGCCCAACCGCACUGUAGUGUUCUACGUCACCGUCUUCGGCGCUAUUCUAGCGGUCGCGCGAGGAAUGAUCCCUGAGGAGAACAGGGUAUUUGAUCCCGAGUUGCUCAUGAUUGAGGUGAUACAGGAUACCCACUACAUGCCGGACGAGUGGAAGGGUCAGCUGCAUUCAAAGAAGGUGCACGAGGAGUUCGGCGAGCUGUUCGCGAUGAAGGUUAUGAUCUUUGCGCAAGAGUUGCUCUCGGUCAUUCUGACUCCGUUUGUGCUCUGGUAUUCACUUCCGCCCUGCGCACCUGCAAUCAUCGACUUCUUCCGCGAAUUCAGCGUACAUGUCGACGGACUUGGAUACGUGUGCAGCUUUGCUGUCUUCGACUUCCAAAGGCAUGGGAACGUCAAGUUCGGUGCGCCUACGAAGGCUCAGGACGAGCGGCUCAUGUCGAAGCAAGGGAAGAUGGAAAAGAGCUUCCUUAAUUUCAAGGCCGCCAAUCCAGACUGGAUACCCGCAGAUCCUACAGGGUCCCUCUAUCUGAACCGCAUCGCAGACUUCAGCGCUGCGCACCCCGUCGGACUCGGACGACGCCGUCUCCUGCGUCGCCCAUCCGACUCCGGCAGCGCACGCCCCGUGUACGGACAGGAGAGUAUGCUAGAUACCACCUCGCCACAGGAUGCCAUCGACAGAGACCGCACGCUCAGGCAGAGCCAAACGUCGGCGCAGGGCAUGAGAAGACGGGGAAGCGUCCUGAUGCAAAGCACGCGGGGGCCAUUUAGUGGGCCUACAGGAGUAUCGACGAUGUUCCAAUCCGCCAUGGGCGCAGAGCUCGCGCAGACAGCCAUACUGGAGGAUUCGCAGAGUAGCGUGAUGCCGGCGCCUCCUGCAGCGGCCGCGCCGUCAGCGAGUAUGAUCCCGGAGGAAGAGCUUGCGCACGAUGGUGGUGUGGGGAGUAUGCUAGGCGAGUCCUAUGUCGAUGGGCGCCGGCCGACGGCGAGCCAGGCGCCAGCGGAGGAGGACGAGGAGCCGGUGGAUGGUGGGGUGCUCGGGUUGCUGGCACAGAUCUAUGGGACGGGCGCGAACGUGAAAGGUAGAGGGAGAGGGCCGCCGAGAGCGAUAUGA